GUAAUCAAGAUGGCGGCCGCUGGAGGAAGUCACUUGUCGAAUGGUCGAGUCAAUGUGGGCUUGCUGCGAGAAUGCGCAAGGAGGGAACUUCUUCAUGAGGAAGGCAAGACUGAAAGCAAGAAAAAAGAGUUUACUAUCCUCUUUGUUCCAAGAAAGACUUUAUUAUGUCAAAGAAAACUUGAGGAACUGAAGGUAUCUUUCAUCAACAUUGAUGAAUAUCCUCUUGAGCUGAUACCAUUGGACGGUGAUGUCUUGUCACUUGAGAUGGAAUCCAGCUUCAAGGAGUGUUACCUGGAAAAUGACUUUACAUCAUUAUUUUAUGUUGCUAAUUCCUUGAUGACACUUCAAACAUUAUAUGGCACAAUCCCCAAGAUUUAUGCUAAGGGAAAGAUGUCAAAGCAUGUCUUAGAUAUGAUGAUGCGCAAGAAACGAGAGGCAGCUGAUACAGAAAACCAAGUCUCACCUCAAAUUGACACACUUCUGUUAAUUGAUCGUAAUGUUGACUUACUGACCCCAUUAUUCACUCAACUUACUUAUGAAGGACUGAUAGAUGAAUUGUAUGGAAUACACCACACCACGGCAAAGUUUCCAUCUGAAAGAUUUCCUCAAACUGAAGAGAAAGGACCUGGAGGACUUCAACAACAACAACCCAGUGGACCCAAGAAAGUUGUUUUAAACUCCAGUGAUGAGCUGUUCUAUGAUAUUCGAGAUCUAAAUUUCUCUGCUGUGGGAAUUCACUUGAGCAGAAGAGCCAAACAGAUUAGUGCUGCCUUCGAGGAGCACAAAAGUGCCAAAACAGUUGGAGAAAUGAAGCAGUAUGUUCAGAGGAUUCCAUUUAUGCAAAGAGCAAAAGCGUCUCUUGCAACACAUACGACCAUAGCGGAAAUGAUCAAGGAACAAACUGAUCCGGAAGAAUUCAGAGAGCGUAUUCAAGUUGAACAAGAACUGGCUCAAGGCUUGGACACAGACAAAAUCAACCCGUACAUAGAGAAAUGCUUUGGAUUGAAGAAACCGCUUAUUACCGUGCUACGUUUGUUGUGCGCUCAGUGUUUAACUAAUAACGGUUUUAAACCGAAAAUGUUGGAGUUUUAUUAUCGGGAAAUCCUACAGACAUAUGGUUUUGAGCAUACUUACAGAACGCUUUCUACAUUGGAAACCGCCGGCUUGCUAAGAGCGCAGACGUCUCGAUCUUACAAUUUAUUGCGCAAAUCACUGAAGCUUGUCGUAGAAGAUGUCCAGGAGCAGAACCCAAAUGACAUCGCAUACGUCUUUUCAGGAUAUGCACCGCUCACUGUCCGGCUGGCGCAGUUUCUGGCGCGGCCGCAGGGCUGGAGAGGACUUGAAGAGGUCCUUCGGUUGCUCCCAGGCCCCGCAGUGGAAGAAGUCCAACGGCUGCCACCUGGUCUUCAGAAAAGGUCACUGACAAGCGUAGACGGUUCCAUGGAUGGUCCACCUAAAGUAACAUUGGUUUACUUCAUUGGAGGCUGUACACACGCUGAGAUUUCUGCCCUGAGAUUUCUUGCUCAGCAGGAAAAUAGCCCAACAGAGUAUCUAGUAGCAACAACCAAGAUUAUCAACGGCACGUCGCUAAUCGAAUCCCUCAUGGAAGAAGGCGCCCCUGAUGAAGCCAACCCGUUUUCAUAGUCCAUGAUCUUAGAAUGCUCUCGACAAGAAACUGUUUACGAACAUUUAUGAAUUUAACGUCUCCGCUUAUAUGCGUGAGUGAGUGCGUGAUCACGCGUGUUUUGGCUGUUUCACGAUGUGCAUUCUCGGUUUAGUCUUCGCUUUCAAAUCGAGAUUUAGGCUUUUCAUUACCUUAUUACAUAGACACUAAGUCCCGUCAGUUUAAGAAAAAUCCAUCGUAUACCUACAAAUUUUCAACAAAUGUAAAAAUUUCUACAAAUUGGGGCUCUUUCAGGAGUCACUGCAUGUUCUGAAUAUGAAAAAGGAUUAUUUUCAAAGAAAUAAAUUUAAACAAUUUUGAA